UUUGAGGGAUCGACAGUAAAGAAACAGAAACACAAAAAGUUUUUAGCUUUAAAAUUUUAACUAAAAAUUUUUUUUUUUUUUGCAUUUUUUUGUCUGUGCUGUUGUAAAUAUAAAAUAUAGAAAACUGUGUAUUUUAAUUUCUACUAACACACAACACAGCACAAAGAAAUGGGAAACAAACAAUCCGAUUUACCUCCUCCCUCACCAGAAUUUGCCAAGCCUUGGAGACGGUUGGACUGGGACAGCAAUGAAAUACUGCAUGAAGUGAGAGAAUUCAAGCCCAGCACUGAGGUCCUUAGAAUUCUGUUGUAUGGACCGACUGGAGCUGGGAAAUCAUCUUUCAUCAACUCAGUCCAGAGGGUUCUCUUAGGCCGUCAUGCCAUGAGUGCUCUGGAAAACUGCACGUCUACAGGAAAAAGCUUUACAAAACAAAUUAACAUACACAAGCUUAAGAAGGACAGAGGUAAGUAUUAUCCUCUGGAAAUUAUUGACAUCAUGGGGCUUCAACGAGAAGGAGGAAUACAAACGGACGACAUCAGGAGCUUGCUCAACGGACACAUUUUAGAUGGAUACAUCUUGAAUCCUGAGGUACCCAUAUCUGAUACUGAUUCAAAAUACAAAAAUAACCCAGUUGUGUGUGAUGAGGUUGACUGUCUGGUGUGCGUCCUGCCUGCAGACACUGUCUCCAUGAUGGACGUUGAGGUUUUUGACAAAAUUAAGGAAGUUAGAGCAUAUGCUAGUCUUCAGGGAAUUCCUCAAGUCAUUGUUAUGACCAAGGUGGAUAAAGUCUGUGAGCUGGUUAAUGAGGAUUUAAAGAAAAUCAAUUAUAGCAAGAAGAUUAAAGAGAAGGUGAAUGAGUGCAAUGUUAAGGUGGGCAUCCCGAUAAACGCCAUCUACCCAGUAAAGAACUAUGCUGAAGAGAUCACUCAGGAUUCAAACACUGACAUGUUCAUCCUUAAAGUAUUGAGAGAUAUUCUACAUUUUAGCAAUGACUAUGUAGAACAAAAGUUGGAACAAAAAGACAAAAAGGUGGAUUCAAGCCAACCUUAGAGAUUUGGGGAUGAACAAUCUGUACUGUAUUAUAAUCAACAUGUGAUUUUCAACAGGAUCUUUAAGAAAUUCAGAGAAUCACACACACUAUUUUUUAGGUAAAUUAGUUAAACUGGACAACGCAAUGGCGCUGUAGUGUUUUAGUCUGCCUACGUACUUCUCUCACCUGUUCAUGUGUACACUUAAAUAUUUCAGCUUCAUAAACUUCAACUUUCAAGCACAUUUGUCUUAAAACUCUGUAAUGUGUCUACGUAUGCCUCAAAACUUGCAGCAGGAAAAGUCAUGCACACGUUUAAGUUAUUUGGAGGUGAGUUAUUUACUCUGCUGCAUGACUACACUUGGUUUGAGGCUUCGCCCACCUGCAAAAUCCAAUAAAAUUUUUGCAAUUUGCUAAUUUUGCAAAAUGCUCUAACUCCUUCAUUCAGUUUUGUCACAACUGAUAAAAUAUAGCUUGCGGUUUGUCAUAAUUCAAGUAUGCAUUUUAGUAUUUUUACUUCCAUGCGGAAGGCCCGGGUUCGAUUCCCAGCCAGUGCCCAAACCCCAGCCACUGGAUGCAGUGCCGGUCCCAAGCCUGGAUAAAAUGGGAGGGUUGCGUCAGGAAGGGCAUCUGGAGUAAAACCUGUGCCAAGUUGUAGUGCGGACUGGGUAUUCCGCUGUGGCGACCCCUUGCCGGGAGCAGCUGAAAGACCAACAACAACAACGUUUUAGUAUUUUUAAUGUAUUGAGUUUUUAGGAUUGACAGACAUUUACAGUAUUACAUGUGUAAUUAUGUAUGAGUAAAAAUAAAAUAAAGUCACUAUAGCAAAUACAAUGUGUUGUAUAAACAUUAAAACAAUUGAACAUAGACAAGUCUGAUCCUGUGUACACACCAGUGGCGAUUUCUUUAAGACUGCAAGGGAAGCUCAGCUUCCCCUAUAAUGUCACAAAAUUAAUGGUCAAAUUAUGUACAAUUGUAUUAACAUUUUAUUGACAAAAAAAGCGUUAGAAAAUGUUCAUCCCAAAGACGAGUUCGUUCAGAAUCAGUUAGAUAUAGCAGGUCGGCUGACUUGAUUUUCUUCUCAUACAUUCCCGUAGCAUCACAGUGCAUUUCCCCGUUGAAGCCUAGCGUCCAUUGACUUCAAUGCAGCUGCUUUGAACGUUAUUUUUCAGUGCUUUGAAACUAGACGGUCAUUGGAUAAACGCUGUGAUUACGUCCCGCCCACGGA